AUGUCCGACAAUAAUAGCAGCUCUGGUAGUUCUACCAUUCCAACCUUGUGUUAUGUGAUUCCACCAUAUUUGUUGAACUCGAAUUAUGGAUCAAACUUGCAAAAACAAUUACUUGCCAAAAACCAGCAAAUGGGAUUACUUAAUGUUAUUCUGACCGAUUCCAAAAAUUAUUACAAUCAUUUUAAAGAGCAACAACAAGAUCAAGGAGAAGGUAAUAAUAAUAAACGCAAACGGAAAUUCUCGAAAGAUCCUUAUUUAAAUGAGAUUAUAAAAAUGAAAUUAAUCUAUAAAUUGAGUAUCAUUGGAGUGUUGGGUGACAAUCCAAUGGAAUUUCUUAAUGGCAAUGAUAAUGAUGAAUACAUUUAUGACAUGCUUGAUACUUUUAAACGUCGAUUAAUCAGUAGCGAUGAUAAUGACGAUAACAAUGGUGACAAUAAUUCUAGGGACGAAUCAAAGAAUGGCAAUGUAGCUAAUAAUGCUGACGCACAACACAUAUUGGUUGAGUCUCUUCGCAGGAACAACAAGGACAACAACAACAGUAAUAAUGACAAAUUACCGAAAUCGGUGUUUAAUAGUAGGAAUAACAAAAUUGGGGAAGUUGAAUUUAAUCAGUUGGGUGGUAUACCACCGCAAUAUAAAAAGUAUCUAAGUAUGUCCUUAAAAGAUUUGAUUUUAGUGACCAAUUGUCACAUUAAUGAUAGAUACAAAUUCCCUCCAAGUUUUAUUGAUUUUGGUAACGACGACUUUUUCAAUUACACCUUACCAAUUACUUGGAUCCCAUUAAUACCCAAUCGUUAUUUAAAUUAUUUAGAAAAGCUGUUCAAUUUAGUAAUCCAAGACGAUCAAGGGUUUUCUAAUAUCACAAUGUCAAUAGAUAGUUCGCCAUCUUCGUUGUCUGGAAUUAAGAAUGGUGCUAGUGCUAACUUGUAUCAGCACGACGAUAGUAAUGAAGAUUUUGAUAUUGAUAUUGAUAAUGAAAUUUCACGGAAACAACGACAAUCUAGAUAUUACAAUUUAAUCACUGAUAAACCAAUAAUCUCGUCUGUUGGGAUCUUUUAUUAUGAGGUUGAAAUCGAGCAAGUAAUUACUGAGCUGACAAACUUCAAUUCAAUUAUACAAAUGAAUGAUUCAUCAAUAAAUUCCAACAACAGUUUAAUGUUAUCUUUGGGGUUUAUCAAGCGAUUUAUUAAUUUUGAGUCGACUCCAACAACCUCUCCAAAUUCAUUGCAUAAUCAUCAUAAUGACAAUAAUAGUGCUGCCAACAACAAUACUGGCUCGAUAUUAUCUGGACGAGUGGAUCUAGAAAAUAUCAAAUCGGAUUUAUUUGUCAAUGAUUCAUUGGAGGAGGAAGAAUCCAUUGGUGAUAUUGAAAUUAAAAAAUAUUUAACUGCCAGACCAGGUGAAUUACGUGGUAGUGUUGCAAUAAACUUGGAAGAUUCUACUUUCUACAAUUCGAUAAACUCAAUUAGUGGUGAGUUUGGAGCAAGUUUGGCGUCAGCUUCAUCGUCGAUGCAUAGAGCACAAAUAUUAAACAUGAACCGGCGAUUGAGUAAUCGGUCAGAAUACGAUUCAACUGCAACAACAAUUGCUGGUGGUGGUGGCGUGGCAGGUAAAAUCAAUAUUGAUAUUCCUUUGAAAACUAAAUUAAUUAAAGAUUGUCGGGAUGAACGAGUCUACAAAACUGAUAUCAUUGGGAUGGGGGUCAAUUUUAUUGAUAAAUCGAUAUUUAUUACUUUGAAUGGUGUUCUAGCUCGAGUGGUUACUGAGACCGAGUUGAAUAAUAAUGUUGAUGGAGAUAAGACGUCCAGUAAUAAUAGUAACAAUAGUAAUGACAACAGCAACAGCAACAAGACUAGUGCUACCAACAAUGGAAGAAUUGACGAGGAUGCAAUGUACCCUAUGAUUGGAUUCAAAAUAAAUGAAAUUAGCAGGAACAUAAAUAAUGUUACUGAUCAAAAAGCAAAUGAUAAAACUAAAUCAACCAAAGUGAAUAUCAAAACCAAUUUUGGUAGUAAAUCCUUUUUUUAUGAUAUUGAUUCGUAUGUCGCUCACUACAAAAAGUUAACUAGACAAUUGUUGAAUAUGAAAAUAUUAGAAAUGAUAAAUUUGGAUGUGAAGGAGUAUAAUGCAGCCCAACAGGAAAUUGACAAAUCAAAUGUGUUUGAAAUAAUUAAGAAUUAUAUGAUGAGCAAUGGUGGUGUUCACAAUAAUAAUAUAUUUGCAAAUUUGCAAAGAAAUUUAUUGGAAUUGAAUGAAAAAGAUAAUAAAGAUCAUUUGUUCACUUUGAUUAAUCUUGAAAACGAUUUUAUGUGA